AUGGAGUCGUGCGACAACAGCAAUGUCAGCAACAACAACAACAACAGCCAUUUGUAUACGGAUGCAGGCUCUUGUUCGACUGCAUUGGAUAACAAAAAGGUAUCAACUACAACGGUAGCAAGUGGGUCACCAUUUGGAUUUGCAUUACCUCCGGAACUGCUGUUGGAAAUCUUGAGCUACCUCAAAGAAUCGCAGUCGGCCUUGUACGCAGUAUCAUUGGUGUGUCGACAGUGGAUGCUUUGUGCUGCUCCAAUACUUUAUCGCCAUGCCAAAAUUGGGGACACAUUUCGAUAUGCCACGUUUAUCCUGACUUUGACACGCACUAAGCAAACGCUUUGCUAUGGCAGUCUGGUGCACACAUUGGACCUUGCUGCUGGAAGCAAACUGUUCGGUAAACAAGCAAACAUGGAUGUAACGAAUCCUACAAACAACACUCCUGAAUAUUACGAGGCACGGGAUAUGAAGCAUGGGCAUCUCUUUGUGACAACGUCGUCGUUACUCCAAGUUGCACGGACCUGCAAAAAUCUGACAUGCCUCAACAUGUCCCUGACGACCUUGUUCUUUGACAGCAUGAUUGCAGAAACGGGAGAAUACGUGUCGACAUUGCAGCACUAUGCAGUCCAGCCAGGACUGACCCAUAUUCUGAUCCCGAUGAGUACCGUGAUUGAAACGUUGGGCAAGGAGUGUACGCAGCUUCAAGAAGUCCAGAUCCAACGGUGUGAUUGGGUGACAGCGCAGACGAUUUGGUUGUGGGUCACACAUUGUCCCAAAUUGGUGCGCUUGGAUGCCAGACGGUCCAACAAGUGCUCUGUCAAGAAAUUG